CAGCUUUCAUCAGAUUGUACUUCAUUUUUGUCUCAUUGUGGCAUAAUACUCUAGACGUUUUACGUGACCUCAUAGGUAUAGUCUACGAACACAUCGUCAAUUUUCCAUCAUGGCCGAAGCAGUCAAUCUUGAUCCUCUUCUGGAACCAAUCAACCUACCCUUCCCCGCAGUCACAAAACAAGCCGCCGGAGUCAUCAAUAACAUCCCCACCGAUGUGAUGCUUGUCAAAUUCAGUGACCGGAUCUUGGUGACUAUUUCGCAAAAGGGUCGACUCGGCCACUGGCUUCACGUCCCCUUGGAGAACAAGAAUCCCGGUACAGAGGGUUUCCACAUCAUCCCCGAUUCUUCGGAUGACAGUCUUCUUCCGAUUAGCAACUUGACCGCUACGUCACUGCUGGGAGGUCGAGCCCCCGGUCAUGAGGUUGUUGGUCAGCUGUAUGCUCGGCAGAUCGCGAGUGCUAUUGUCACCAAGACGCCGGAUGAGAAGCGGCUGCUGGUUCUUGGGCUUGGUCUCGAGACGGCCGACGCUGAUCGGGAUAUCUUCUUCGCUAUCAUUGAUCUGGUGCUUCAGUGCGUCUGAGGAGUGGGCAUAGAAGGUCGAAGGCGGCAACUGCUAUGCUGACUUGAAGCCGUGGCUGUUCGGCAUAGUUCAUACCCGUAUCCGAUAUUCGGGUUGAACGAGUGGAGAUUUCUCUUCUUUCCUCAGGAUUGACUUUUUUGGUUUCCUCAGAAGCCAAUAUCCUCCAGCUAGAUCUGGAGGAAGUGAAGACAGAUCAGAUGGAGUGUCAGGAGCAUCGAGUCGGUAUGCGUACGACAACCAAACUCGCAACCUGGCUGUAAAGGAUCAAGGGAGUGCUGAACUAAUGCGAAGGAGACAGUCUGCGCCCUGUGGGAACGGCUGUUCAACGAAACAAUGUUCCUAGGAGGGAUGAACUCCAAAGAUGAUUUUGAGAUGGU